AUGGACUCUGAGAUUAUUUUGUGGGAGGCAGGAUCCGAUACCAAAUGCACGGUGGUGAAUAUAUACCAAGAUGGUGAGGAUACCUUGCUGAAUUUAUACGUCAAAAAGGCUUCUAAAAAGGGCUUUCGGCGUUUUAAAAAGGUCAAUGGGAAGUGGAUGCCUCAACUGGCUAGUGAGAGAAUCAAAAUUGUUAGAGAUGAUACACCAGCCAAACUCAAGUUUGAGAAUCUAAAGGAGCAGAGGGGAGACGACGACGUAAAGUCGACCGAUUAUGGAUGCGAACCCUGUGAAUUGCAGUUGCCACAUGGACCCGAAGAUGAUGAAGAUCAAUGGGUCCAGUAA